AAAGUCUAAUGUUGUAAAGAUGUUCUGAUUUUCCAGCAGUCUCCACGGCGCUGAGACGGCUCCAGAGGGCAGAGCGCAGCUGGAAGCUCAGAGCGGAGGUCCCAGGGCCAGCCAGGGUCCUCAACUCAAGUCAAUGGCAGCAGAAGCCAACAGAGCAGCCCCAGGGAUUCCCAGCUCUGGGACUGGGGAGCUCCUACCUUACCAGACAAGUCUACCCCAGGGGGUGGCCCAGCCUGGACUUCUGGCUCCAAACUGGCACCAGGGGAAUGUCCCGAAGAGGAGUGGCGUCCUCCAGGAGCUGGGUGUCUUCCAUGUCAUCCUCGCUCUGCUGCACGUGGGUUUUGGCGGUUACCUGGCCUCAACCGUCAGGACCCUUCACCUGGUGGUGCUGAAGUCUUGGUAUCCACUCUGGGGGGCCUUCUCUUUUCUCAUUUCAGGGGUCAUGGCAAUAACAUUGGAGACCAUUUCUGAAACAUACUUGAAGGUGCUGUGCCUCGUGACAAACCUUAUCAGCUUUCUCUGCACGCUGGCCGGCAUCUUCAUCAUUGCCAAGGAUCUUUUUCUGGAGAGCCCAUUCGAGUCCCCCAUCUGGAGAAUGUACCCCAACUCCACGGUCCACAUCCAGAGGCUGGAACUGGCCCUGUUGUGUUUCACCUUCCUGGAGUUCUUCCUGCCAGGGACCACGGCCAUCAUAGCCUACAGAGAGGACCGCCUGUCUGAAAAGAAGGAUGGCUUGUCCGUUAUUCCCAACACACCACUGGAACUCAGAGGGCUGCCUGAGGGACUGCCACCAUCCUAUGAGAACGUGACUCAGAGCAAUGCUCAAGACGAGCACCCAGAGGUACAUACUGUGCCCUUCCACACUAUGACAGCCCACUGUGAGCCAACCCCCACUGAGUCCCUGGCCACUGAGAGACUGGACUCUGAUGAGGUGGAACAGGCACAAACUGAGUGACGACACAAAUA